AAUUAAACCUCAUUGACCGGAAAAUACCGCGGAAUACUAACAGGAAAGAUGCAGACAUCCUUGUCGUUGAUCCAGACGGUGGCAAUCUCCGGCGUAUUCUCAGCCGUCUCUUGCUGGUAUGGAUUCAUGUUCGGUAGAGAAUCGGCCAGAAAAGAGCUCGGCGGCUUGAUCGAAGAACUCCGUCGCGGAGAUCCAGAAUCUUCUUCUCCUCCCCAUUCGUGAGCUAAGUACUCCAAUUUCCCAGACGCUUCGAUUCGGAGAAAGAAUCUCUUAGUUUUGAUUUCGAUUGUUCCAUUUAAGUUUUCCAGAAUGUUGAUGAUAGUUUCUUGCACUCUGGUCUGAGCAAUUACUGUAUAAACUAUGUGUUAUCAAAUCGUUUCGAGUUAAUUCAAAGUAUGAAAGAUCGGAGUUACUAUA